AGACCCUGUCCGCAGUCCCAGAGGGCCAACUCACACAUAAUCUUUUGUUGUUUUCUACUAGAAAAAAAUAUAUAUGGAAGGAGGAGAAGGAAGGAGGCAAGGCCACCCCCGGCUGAGAGGAGGGAGGAGGAGGGAGAAGGGAGACUACAGCCAUGGAUUCUCUCCUUCCCAGAUCCAAUCGCUGGCUGCCAUGUGCGAGGCUUUCGUACCAUCUCUUCCAAUGGAAGAGUUCCACGUCACAAGCGGCAAGGAGGACCCACCCACCAAGAGCCUCCAGGCGUUCUACCGGGCUUCCGGGUCUGAAUUCCCAAUGCCAGAUGAGGUUGCAGAGUUAAUGGUCAAGAGAGGCUUGAAAGAGGCUUUACUUUUGGUCAAAUUGGUAUUAUGGCUCCUUGCUACCAAGCUGGGCACACUUGUUCUCUGUAGGUCUCUGAGCCUAUGUGGGCGAUUCCCAUUCAUCAACAAGUUCUCAGACAUGCCUAUUGAGAAGAGGGAAGAGGCUUUUAAGAGAUGGAACAAGGAAAAUUUUUUUACACCUUUAAGGUUGGUUUUUGUAAUGGUCAAGGUCUUCUGCCUCUACAUCUUUUACUCCAUGACUAAUGAAAACUCAGAGAACCAGUCAUGGAAUGCAAUUGGCUAUAGCUUACCCAUUGUGGAAAAGCCACUAAAAUCUCAAACAGAGAGGCCUCUUGAGAAGGGUGUCAUAGAAACAAUGGAUCAAACCGAUUCAUCCCUUCUCCAGUCCCUCAGUAAGAAAGGUCUGGCAGUCUCCCAAGACCCAAUCCAAAACUUGUACGACAUUAAAUGUGAUGUCGCCAUAGUUGGUUCCGGCUGCGGCGGUGGCGUUGCUGCUGCAGUGCUCGCAAGCGCCGGUCACAAAGUUGUGGUCAUCGAGAAAGGCAACUACUUCACAUCAGAAGACUACACCUCCAUCGAAGCCCCAUCCAUGAACGAAAUGUACGAGUGCGGUGGAAUCCUUAGCACAACCGACGGGAAGAUGUUGCUCAUGGCCGGAUCCACUGUCGGGGGUGGCUCUGCUGUGAACUGGUCAGCUUGCAUCAAGACACCAGACUACGUCCUCAAGGAAUGGGCAGAAGAACACCAGCUUCCUCUCUUUGGGAGCACAGACUAUCUCUCAGCAAUGGACACAGUCUGUAAAAGACUUGGAGUCACGGAGAACUGCACUGAAGAAGGAUUUCAGAACAAGGUUCUUCGCAAAGGCUGUCGGAAUCUCGGUCUUCAAGUAGAUUCCGUGCCAAGAAAUGCUUCAGAGAGCCAUUUCUGCGGCAGCUGCAGCUAUGGUUGUCGAGAAGGAGACAAACGUGGGACCGAUACUACUUGGUUGGUCGAUGCUGUUAACUGUGGCGCCGUGAUCAUAACCGGAUGCAAAGCUGAGAGAUUUAUAUUGGAAGAGAACGAGCCAGGGAAGAAGAAGAAGAAGUGCGUGGGAUUGAUUGCCAAGUCUCUGAGCAGCAUGGUUACGAAGAAACUAAAAAUCCAAGCCAAAGUAACCAUUUCAGCAUGCGGUUCUCUCCUGACACCCCCACUGAUGAUUUCCAGCGGGCUAACAAAUCCAAACAUUGGCAAGAACCUCCACCUUCACCCAGUAGUUUUCGCAUGGGGCUACUUCCCGGAUUCGGGAUCGGACGAGCUCAAAGGUAGAGCUUUCGAGGGAGGGAUCAUCACGUCGUUGCACAAAGUGAAAGCAGCGGAGGAUUCGGAUUCGAGCUUGCGGGCAAUCAUCGAGACGCCGGGGUUGGGGCCUGCGGCCUUCGCCGCGCUGGUCCCGUGGGUGUCGGGACUGGAGACGAAGGAGAGGAUGACGAGAUACAGCCGGACGGCGGUUCUCUUCGCAUUGGUAAGAGAUCGCGGCUCGGCGAAGGUGGAGAGGGAGGGGAGGGUGAACUAUCGGUUCGAUCGUUCGGACAGGGAGAAUUUGAGGGUGGGAUUGCGGAGGGCGCUGCGGAUUUUGGUGGCGGCGGGUGCGGUGGAAGUGGGGACCCACCGGAGCGACGGGCAGAGGAUAAAAUGCAAGGGGAUGAAGGAGGAGGAGUUGGAGGAGUUUUUGGAUGGGAUUCGCACGGUGGGAGGUCCGAUGUCCAAGAGUGAAUUGUGGACCAUGUAUGCCUCAGCUCAUCAGAUGGGGAGCUGCAGGAUGGGAGUGAGCGAGGAGGAGGGUGGGGUGGAUGAGAAGGGGGAGAGUUGGGAGGCACAGGGGCUGUUUGUGUGUGAUGGGAGUGUGCUCCCCACUGCUGUUGGGAUUAAUCCUCUGAUCACCAUCCAGUCCACUGCCUACUGUCUCUCCAAGGGGAUUGCAGAGUCCUUGAAGAGAGGGUCUGAAUGAGAGAGAGAGAGAGAGUUAUUAUGGAUUGAUUUGGUUAUCUAUGAUCUAUAUAUUAUAAAUUUGAAAUAUCUAUCAUGGUUACCGUCUCUUA